GGCGGCGGGCGGGCGCGGAGCAUGGCACGGCUGCUGCUGCUGGUGCUGGCGCUGGCGGUCGCCCCGCGCGGGGCGCGGCCCCAGCCCGAGGCCGGCCUGUACUCGGCGGGGGACCCGCUGGUGCUGCUGGGGGCGGCGACGCUGGAGCGGAGCGUGCUCAACUCCAGCAGCGCCUGGGCGGUGGAGUUCUACGCCUCCUGGUGCGGCCACUGCAAGCACUUCGCCCCCACGUGGCGGGCGCUGGCCGCAGACGUCCUGGAAUGGAGACCAGCGGUGAUACUUGGUGCUGUCAACUGUGCCGAUGAGUCCAAUGAGAAAGUGUGUAGGGACUUUAGAAUAACUAGGUACCCAACUUUGAAGUUUUUUGAGGCCUUUUGCAGAAGCCCAGAGGAUGGAAAGAUGAUCUCUCAUGUUGAUUCCAGCCCUCAGGACUUGAGACAGGGCAUAAUCACCCACCUAGAGAAGUACCAGGAUGUUUAUCCCCCAUUGAAGCCAGCCAGCACAGAGGAGGUUCGUGGAUUCUUUCAGAAAAACAAAAUUGUGUACCUGGCCCUUAUCUUUGAGAAGAACAACUCCUUUGUGGGCAGAGAGGUGACCCUGGACAUGCAGCAGUACACAAACAUUGCUGUCAGGAGAGUCUUGAGCAAUGAGGAGGAGCUGGUGAACGAGCACAACGUGACCACCUUCCCUUCCGCCUACUUGCUUGUCAGCAACGGCUCCUUCUCUCGCAUCUCUGUGCAAGAGGAGGCACGAUCCUCCUACACCUCCUUUCUGAGGGGCCUAUCUGGUAUUAAUGACAAAACUCUAAUAUUAAAAGCCCAGAAUAUAACAACACCUCCUCCUUCAAGGGUGCCAGGUGCAGAGCACCCAACAGAAACAACCCAUUGGAAGCAUGCUGACAACUCCAAGCUCUACAUGGCUGACCUGGAAUCUGCAUUACACUAUUCCCUGCGGGGAGAGACAGAGAGGUUCUCUGUCCUAGAGGGAGAGCGGCUGGCAGCCCUGAAACGCUAUGUGACAGUGCUGGCCAAGUACUUUCCUGGACGUCCCUAUGUCAAGAACUUCCUGGGCUCUCUGGACACCUGGCUGAAGAACCAGAAAGAAUCAAAUAUUUCCUGCAGUGCCUUAGAGGAAGCCUUGAAGAAUAAAAAAAAAGCUCCAAAACCGGCAAUACUGACGCACACUAUGACAUGGGUAGGAUGCCAGGGCAGUAAGUCUCACUUCCGAGGAUAUCCCUGUUCUCUCUGGAUCUUAUUCCACCUACUGACAGUGCAGGCAUCAAAGUACAAAGCACGGGCUGCAGAGCCGUUAGAGGUCCUUGGCGCUAUGAGAGGCUACAUCCGUUACUUCUUUGGCUGUCGGACCUGCUCGGAGCACUUUGAAGCCAUGGCGGCAGAGUCCAUGAACCAAGUGAAGAGCCUGGAUGAAGCCAUCCUGUGGCUUUGGUCGAGACACAACCGGGCCAACGCGCGGCUGGCAGGUGACCUAACGGAGGACCCCAAAUUCCCCAAGAUGCAGUGGCCUCCCCCAGACAUGUGCCCCUCGUGCCACAACGAGGUCAGCGGACAACACGUGUGGAAUGAGCCAACUGUGCUGCGCUUCCUCAAGAUGCAUUACUCACCAGCCAAUAUCUACUUCGAUUACACAGAGCCUGAGAGAAUCCUACUGGCAAGGCAGAGCCAAGAGGUGGAGGUGGGAGAUGGAGAGAAGGUUAUGGGUGAUGGAAGAGCAGACAUGCGGAGGAAAGAGGGAGGAGAGAACAGGAGGGAAGAAGAUAUGGAAGAAGAGGAGGAAGCAGAAGAAAGGAGAGCAGAGGAGCCAGAUGGAGUGAUGAUGGAGAGGGAAGUGGGUGUUCUGGAGAGACGGGAGCUGCAUAGGCCGAGCAUCAUCAGGAUGAACCCCAGGGGGAAGGAGCUGGAGGAGGACAUUGUGGACCUGGACUCCUUCAGUGAGCAGCACUUCAAGAGCAAAGCCCUGAAGGAAGCAGCCUUGGCAGCCAGCAGAAAACGGCGGCUGAGCAAGAGGGACACCAUACCACUGCUGAUGGCAGAUGAUGAUGGCCACCAAGCCUUUGACUAUGUGGCUGCAUGGGAGCGCCUGAGGCAACGAGGGCUGGACUCCAAGCAGCUCGUUGGUGCCCUGGAGGAGGAGGGAAGUGACAGUCUAAGGAAGAGCCAGUGGUUCCGUGUGCUGGGACUGGGAUUUUCCCGCCUGGAUGUCAGCCUGUGCAUCAUCCUGUACUGCCUCUCCUCCGUGUGCCUGCUGGGCAUGUACACCUUCUUCCGCAUGCGGUUGCGGUCCCGCAAGGGCCGCCCUGGUUUUCCUGUGGCAUGAGGCCUGAAUUUGGGGAGCAGCUGAGGCCACUGGGGAAGGGGCUUGGGGUAGGCACUUCAGGUCACGUACUGAUAGUUCCUUCUGGGUAUUUUUAUCUGAAGAAACAGGGAGGCACCUGACUCUUCAGCAGUGUUGUUAUAGCAGUGAGUGCAGCUGGCAGAUUUCUGGAAUGUUUCUGGCAGCUCGAUGGUCUCUGGCCUUGGCAGUGCAAAAACAUGGUGGUGCCCAGUUGGGCAGUCAUGGCUUAUUUUUCUUCAGGGAUCCAAAAGCCUUAACCAUCACCAUGAGCUCCUCUGAGUUAUUCACUGAAACCAUUAUAGGGAUGGUGUUUGGGGCAAGGGGUGCAAAGAGAAUUGU